GUGUUUAAGAAAAGGUAAAACAAGAGUUGGAGGUUGUAGCAUUAUUGCAGAGUGAGAAACCCAGUAACAGAAGUGUUUAAAGAGAUAGACGAGGAGAAUGGGAGCUAUAAAGUGGCUGGUGCUUUUUGUCCUGCUGGGCAUAUUUUCAAAGGCUGCAUCCACAUCAGAUAUCAAGGUUACCGUGUUCUCAGCAACAUCCAAGACCGUUAUUCUCAGAUGGACCAGGUACACCGGAGCCAGCUCGUACAAGAUCAAUGUCGCCCCCAAAAGCUCACCUAACAGCGUCAUCGCCUUUGCAACAUUUGGUCCGAACACAGUGAUGGGCUCCAUCAACUCUCUGUCCCCGAAUGUGUUGUACACCUUCACAGUCGACGCUCUGGACAAUUCCCAAAACGCACUGAGCUCUGCUUCUUUGGACUCAUCAUCAGCUCCUGCGACGGCGGAUCCCAUUCAGACCGUGAAGCCAAAGGACAGCACGACCUUGAUGGCCGAGUUCAGCCUGAGGACCGGAGCAGUAUCAUACGUCAUACGAGUCCAGAACAACAAUGGCUUCCACAGAGAAGACGUAGUGUACUCGUCCCCCGCUGAGAUUCCUAACCUCACACCGUACACUGAGUACACGCUCAGCAUCAUGGCGGAGAACAGCGGAGGCCGCAGCCAGCCGUCUCUUACUGUGACUGCAAAGACAGUGUUGCCCCCUCCUCAGCUGUCCACUUCCUCUCCCAGCAAUGACAGCAUCUCUGUGUCCUUGUCCCCGGUCGCUCACGCUGUCCGGUACACCCUGUCCGUGUACAAGUUUGGCUCCAACAGCGCCGUGAAGCACAACACCUCCAGCACCAAUUUCACCAUCACUGGCCUGGACGCCGGCUCACUCUACAUCAUCCGAGGUUUCGCCUGGGACCUGGAGGGUCGACAGGGAGAGCCAAGUCUUUACGUCAACCAGACAACACGUCCUCCAGCACCUGCUUCUGUAAACGUCUCCAUGGUGAUGAGUAACGACGUGGCUGGACUCUCUGUGUCCUGGGAACUGGAUCAGGAUGUCUACGGGUCCAUCGAGUACCGAGCUACGAGUGACGGGAACCUGGAGUGUAACAGCACGUCCAGCUCCUGCAUCCUGUCAGCUGUGAGCUGCGGAGAGGUACACAGCAUCCAGGUGACCGCUUCCAACGAGGCUGGGCCCGGGUAUCCAACAAACCCCGUCCUGUUCAUCACCUACCCUUGCCCUCCAGAGUCUGUGGCUCUCUGGGAGUCGCCAGAAGGAAACUGCACGCUGACGUGGGACACUGUGGCUCACGCUGACGGCUAUCAGGCCUUCAUCAAGAGAGGGGACGGCGGCGAGGAGAUCUGCAACACCACCGCCAACAACAACAACUGCAGUUACGACUGUCUGUGUGGCUACACAUACCUGAUGUCUGUGUUCGCCUUCAACCAGGCGGGCAGCAGUCCUCAGGGAGAGAUUCUCAACCACACCACCUUGCCUUGUUGUCCAGAGGGCGUAUCUGUCUCCGCGGUGAGCACUGACACUCUGGAGAUCACGUGGACGGCCUCGCGGGGGGCGGAGCUGUACGAGACGCGGGCUGUGGACAGUUCAGAGGACAUCCGGUGUAACGACACGGCGCCCGUGUGUGCUCUCUCUGACCUCAGCUGCGACUCCUCCUACAGCGUGGUGGUGACACCCUGCAAUGACAUCAGCGGGUGCAACCGUGCAUGCAAAGCUCACACCAAGGACACAGCUCCCUGCAUGCCGACGAAUCUGAUGCUGAAUCCCCAAAACGCCUCCAGCGUCACCGUCAGCUGGACGUCGAACAACCGCGCAGCUACUUACACUGUGAGCGCCGUCGGAGCUGACGACGACAGACACUCCUGCAGCGCCGUCGGGAACAGCUGUGACAUCACCGGCCUGCCCUGUGGCUCCGCCUACGAAGUCAGCGUCAUAGCAACGAGCUCCACGGGCCAGAGUUUACCCAGCUACUCCGACUCUCUGGAGACAGAGCCGUGCUGCCCGCAGACUCUCACCGUGGAUCAGGUGACUCAGGCCAUUACCAACGUCUCCUGGUCUCACGCCAAAGGGGCGCACUCUUUCAUCACGUCUCUGACAUCGCCACGCGGCCACGCCCGCUGCCACACCCAGGACUCGCACUGCCUCAUGGGGUGCAUCACCUGUGGGACAAACUACACCGUCACCAUGGAGGCGUACAGUCACAGCGGGCGCAUGUCCAACUGCACCUAUCAGGGCUUCUCAUCCAGUGCAUGCUGUCCGUUAGGGGUCCGGCUCUACAGGAUGGCCGGUAACUCCCUGCGGGUGCACUGGCGCAACGCUGGAAGCGGCCACAGCUACGUCACAGACAUGACGGGCACGAGCAACAACUACACCUGCACGGCGUCUCCCGGGGAGAACAGCUGUGACAUCAGCAACAUCCAGUGUGGAGACGUGUAUAAUGUAGUGGUGGCUCCGCUCACAGCAGAGGGCGGCAAAGUCCUGUUCUGCCCCCAGAGACUCUACUCAGUCACCUGCGCAGGGAACAACAUUAACACAGUGAUUUACAGAGGGAAGAGAAGUGUGGACUGAUGCAAUCUUCUUCUCCAGUGAGCCCUCAAACUCCGCCCCCUUGUUGUUGACCUCCUCCUGCUCCUGCAUCAUCACAAAGCCAUCGGAUACGACUGAACCUAAGCUGAAUAAAAGAAGAACUGUUCAAAAGAUAUGCCAUUUGAAAAGGACACUUGACGCUGAUUGUAUGAUGAACAAUGAGAAAUAUUUGUUUUAAACUGGCCUCUGGAAAAAAAAAAAGUCAUGAAUUAUGGCCAAGCUCCAACAUCACUAUGCCCUCAACUAUUACGAUAAAGCAUUUAAAUAAGACAAAAACAAGGACAUGAAAAAAAGAAUAUAUUCAUGUGUUGCCUAAAAUGUGUAUCCUGAGACAAAAAUCUUCUUAUGAAUUUGAUAAACAUAAACAAUGUUUUGCUAAAAUGACAUCACUUAAAUUAAGGAUAAAAUAUUCACCAUUAACUACUUCAUAUUAGCAGCAUACUGGCUGCUUAUCAGUCAUUAUUAAGCGCUUAUUAGUACCUUAUUAUCUAACCAUAAUUUAUAGCUAACAGGCCAUUAAUUAAGUGUUUGCCCUCUAUAACCUCCUAAUUAAUAGUUUGGAGGUUGCUGAACAUGAAUUAUAAUUAAUAAACGGUAAUUAGGAGGGUACUGAGGGUAAAAUCUUAGUUAACAGCCUAUUAUCUGUAGAUUAUAGUCACAUAGCGUAAGGUACUUAUAAAGGCUUAAUUAUGACUAAUAAGCAGUUAUUAUGCUAGUAAUUAGCAUGCUAAUAUGCGCUACUUAAUGGUGAAUAUUGUGACCUCAAUUCAAAGUGUUACAGAGAAAAUAUUUGAUCCACAAACAACAAGGCAACAUUCAUUUCCUCUGUAAGCAAUCUGUGAAAGUCCAAUGAACAUGAAUUGAUGAAUAGAUCUAAACAUUGACAAAAAACCUAAAAGUGAAACAGUAACAUUGCCCUCCAGAUACAUUUAUAAAGAUGUAAAGAACAUAUUGGCCUGACUCUUAGGAGUUAUUAUUUGAUGAAUUGACCAAAUUAAAACUAAUCUUGUAGUUUUUGCCCUAACUAGGAAUCCUCCUGAUGAUAAGUAUCAGCUGUGUUUCUCCUCAGGUGUCACCCUGUGGUGAACAGCUGAUACUUUCUUAAGGAUGUUUUUAACUGGAAUAUGUCUCCCUGUGGUUUAAUGAACCUGAUGCAUAUUUCAAUUAAUAAAAAAUUCCCAACAUCA